CUCGGCAGCCGCCUGUCGCCGCGGGAGCAGCCGCUAUCUCUGUGUGUCCGCGUGUGCGCCCGGUCCCCGCCUGCCGCACCAUGGAGAGCUACCACAAGCCUGACCAGCAGAAGCUGCAGGCCUUGAAGGACACGGCCAACCGCCUACGUAUCAGCUCCAUCCAGGCCACCACUGCGGCGGGCUCUGGCCACCCCACGUCAUGCUGCAGCGCCGCAGAGAUCAUGGCUGUCCUCUUUUUCCACACCAUGCGCUACAAGUCCCAGGACCCCCGGAAUCCGCACAAUGACCGCUUUGUGCUCUCCAAGGGCCAUGCAGCUCCCAUCCUCUACGCGGUCUGGGCUGAAGCUGGUUUCCUGGCCGAGGCGGAGCUGCUGAACCUGAGGAAGAUCAGCUCCGACUUGGACGGGCACCCAGUCCCGAAACAAGCUUUCACCGACGUGGCCACUGGCUCCCUGGGCCAGGGCCUCGGGGCCGCUUGUGGGAUGGCCUACACCGGCAAAUACUUCGACAAGGCCAGCUACCGAGUCUAUUGCUUGCUGGGAGACGGGGAGCUGUCAGAGGGCUCCGUAUGGGAGGCCAUGGCCUUCGCCAGCAUCUAUAAGCUGGACAACCUUGUGGCCAUUCUAGACAUCAAUCGCCUGGGCCAGAGUGACCCGGCCCCGCUGCAGCACCAGAUGGACAUCUACCAGAAGCGGUGCGAGGCCUUCGGUUGGCAUGCCAUCAUCGUGGAUGGACACAGCGUGGAGGAGCUGUGCAAGGCCUUUGGCCAGGCCAAGCACCAGCCAACAGCCAUCAUUGCCAAGACCUUCAAGGGCCGAGGGAUCACAGGGGUAGAAGAUAAGGAGUCUUGGCAUGGGAAGCCCCUCCCCAAAAACAUGGCUGAGCAGAUCAUCCAGGAGAUCUACAGCCAGAUCCAGAGCAAAAAGAAGAUCCUGGCAACCCCUCCACAGGAGGACGCACCCUCAGUGGACAUUGCCAACAUCCGCAUGCCUAGCCUGCCCAGCUACAAAGUUGGGGACAAGAUAGCCACCCGCAAGGCCUACGGGCAGGCACUGGCCAAGCUGGGCCAUGCCAGUGACCGCAUCAUCGCCCUGGAUGGGGACACCAAAAAUUCCACCUUCUCGGAGAUCUUCAAAAAGGAGCACCCGGACCGCUUCAUCGAGUGCUACAUUGCCGAGCAGAACAUGGUGAGCAUUGCGGUGGGCUGUGCCACCCGCAACAGGACGGUGCCCUUCUGCAGCACUUUUGCAGCCUUCUUCACGCGGGCCUUUGACCAGAUUCGCAUGGCUGCCAUCUCCGAGAGCAACAUCAACCUCUGCGGCUCCCACUGCGGCGUUUCCAUCGGGGAAGACGGGCCCUCCCAGAUGGCCCUGGAAGAUCUGGCUAUGUUUCGGUCAGUCCCCACAUCAACUGUCUUUUACCCAAGUGAUGGCGUUGCUACAGAGAAGGCAGUGGAACUAGCCGCCAAUACGAAGGGUAUCUGCUUCAUCCGGACCAGCCGCCCAGAAAAUGCCAUCAUCUAUAACAACAAUGAGGACUUCCAGGUCGGACAAGCCAAGGUGAUCCUGAAGAGCAAGGAUGACCAGGUGACCGUUAUCGGGGCUGGGGUGACCCUGCACGAGGCCUUGGCCGCUGCCGAACUGCUGAAGAAAGAAAAGAUCAACAUCCGCGUGCUGGACCCCUUCACCAUCAAGCCCCUGGACAGAAAACUCAUUCUCGACAGCGCUCGUGCCACCAAGGGCAGGAUCCUCACCGUGGAGGACCAUUAUUACGAAGGUGGCAUUGGUGAGGCUGUGUCCAGUGCAGUAGUGGGCGAGCCUGGCAUCACUGUCACCCACCUGGCAGUUAACCGGGUACCAAGAAGUGGGAAGCCGGCUGAGCUGCUGAAGAUGUUCGGUAUCGACAAGGAUGCCAUUGCACAAGCUGUGAGAGGCCUCAUCACCAAGGCCUAGGGCGGGUAUGAAGUGUGGGGCGGGGGUCUAUACAUUCCUGAGAUUCUGGGAAAGGUGCUCAAAGAUGUACUGAGAGGAGGGGUAAAUAUAUGUUUUGAGAAAAAUGAA